GAGUCUGUGCUUUGAAUUUCUCCCUCACUUCACCAGUAGCACCAUCUCAUCAUCACUCGUCACUCAUUCACUCAUUCCAACCCCUCAAUUUUCCCGAGAAAAAAAGAAAAAACCUCGAAAAUUUUCCUUUCAUCCAAACACAUAAACCCUAUUCCUCUUCCAUGGAUCCCUCUCGCCGCGCCCCACGCGCAGUGAUCGAUCCCGUCCCGAAGUUCCGCCAAGUCGGGUUCUUCGCCCCGCCCGAGCGCUCCCAAUCGGGUCCUCCCGACCCGACCCACUCCUCUCCCCCAAUCUCCAGCUCCCUCUCUCCGGUCAUGAUCCCGCCGCCGCGCCACCUCUCCGACAACCUCCUCCUCCACGCCCUCCCCGCCGCCUCCCCGCUCCGCCCCGACUCCCCCGCGGCACCCGGGACCUCCUUCGACGCCGCCGAUUUCUUCCCCGCGCUGCCGUCGCCCGCGCCGUCCUCCUCCUACUCCAGCAGGAUCGCCGGCGAGGGAGGCUUCUUCAACGGCGCCGCCGGGAAGGUGGCGGCCUCGUCGUUCCCCCGCGGCGGAUUCGACCUGACGGCGAUGAAGGCAAGCGUCGUGCCGGCGAGCGAGCUGACCACGGUUUCGGUGGUGAAAGAUUCGCUCGGGAUUCCCGAUAAAGAGAAAGGAAACAAAGUAGGAGGGUCAGCAGUGGAAGUGAAAGACCAAUCUAGUAGUUCAAAACAGCAGAAACAAAAAACCUCAAAAGCUGAAAGACGGGCUCUUCAAGAAGCUCAACGAGCUGCAAAGGCUGCUGCAAAAGCUGACGGAAAUAAGGCAUCUGGAACUGCGGCUUCAAUGAAUGCAAAAUCAGCUAAAGCUGUAAAGCCUGCACAGAAAGUUGAUAAUGCAGCAGUUGCUGCCUCUGAAAAGAAGGGAGGUGAUAUCCCACCAGAAAAGGAUAGAAAGAAAGAUGCUCCUCAACCACGCAUGCAGUAUGAUGACAAGAGCCGAGUGGAGAAAGCUAAACGUCGGUCUGUGGUGAAACAAACUGAAGCUAGGAACAGAGUUGAGUUGUUCAGGCAUUUACCACAGUAUGAACAUGGGAGUCAGCUUCCAGAUCUUGAAGCAAGGUUUUUCCAUCUUUCUCCAGUGCACCCUGCUGUUUACAAGGUGGGUUUGCAGUAUCUAACUGGAGAUAUAUCUGGUGCCAAUGCUCGUUGUAUUGCAAUGCUUCAAGCAUUUCAAGAGGCCAUCAAAGACUACAAGGUUCCAGUUGAGAAGACUCUGGUGAGAGACUUAACAGCAAAAGUUAGUAGUUAUGUAUCAUUUCUUAUUGAGUGCCGACCUCUAUCAAUCAGCAUGGGAAAUGCAAUUAGGUUUCUCAAAAGUCGGAUAGCCAAGCUACCUUUGACCUUGUCUGAAUCAGAAGCAAAAGCUUCACUCCAGUCAGAUAUUGAGCGUUUUAUUAGUGAAAAGAUUAUACUUGCCGACAAGGUGAUAGUGAAGCAUGCUGUCACCAAAAUAAGAGACGGUGAUGUCCUUCUAACUUAUGGGUCCUCAUCAGCUGUUGAAAUGAUACUAUUACAUGCACAUGAGUUGGGAAGACAGUUUCGUGUUGUGGUAGUUGACUCUCGUCCAAAGCUUAGAGGGCGACUUUUACUUCGCAGGCUUGUGGAGAAAGGUCUUAGCUGUACAUAUACUCAUAUAAAUGCUGUUUCCUACAUAAUGCAUGAAGUUACUCGAGUUUUUCUGGGUGCUUCAUCAGUUUUAUCUAAUGGAACGGUAUAUUCAAGGGUAGGGACUGCAUGUGUUGCAAUGGUUGCUCAUGCAUUCCGUGUGCCUGUCAUAGUAUGUUGUGAGGCCUAUAAAUUUCAUGAACGGGUACAGUUGGACUCAAUUUGCUCAAAUGAACUUGGUGAUCCAGAUGUCAUUUCAAAUGUACUGGGUAGAGAGGAUGUCAACUACUUGGAUGGAUGGGCCAAUAUUGAAAAUAUGCAACUUUUAAAUUUGAUUUAUGAUGCAACACCUUCAGAUUAUGUUUCAAUGAUUGUCACAGAUUAUGGCAUGGUUCCCCCCACAAGUGUGCCUGUAAUUGCAAGAGAAUAUGGGAGAGAACAGGUCUGGAUAUAAAUUAUGCAAAUGUGUACCAUCUCAAUUUUGUGGGCGUCCAUGUUUCUGUAUUAUUUUCCCACCUUGGAAUAAUGUAAUGAGCCUUUUUGUUCUGAAAUUUUGGAUAUUUCUGUAUUCACCUGUCCUAGGGAAGAGUGCCAAUAUUCGCCUCUCCAGGAGUAUUUAGCCAUGUAUUCUCUCAUCUGUAACAGUUCAUUUUAGCCUGUUCUUCAAAUUUUGGACAAUUAUUCGAUCACAAUUUUGGUUUAGAAAGUUCUAGUUGUGCUUAGGCCCAUCUGUGGUUACUGACUUGCACUGUAAUUAUGAAAACCACUACGGAUUGAAAUUAUCACUGAAAAUCUGUUGCGUGUGAUUGCUCUAAUUGUUGGCAACAAGGAAAAUGGGUUGCUUGAUAA